UCCCAAACAACUCCUCAGUGGUAAAGAAGACACUGCUAAUAACUACGCUCGUGGCCAAUUUACCAUCGGCAAUGAGAUUGUGGACUCUGUCAUGGACAAGAUAGGUAAAAUGGCCCAGCACAGCAUCCAGUUUGUAGAAUGGUGUCCCACUGGGUCCAAGGUAGGAAUCAACUACAAGCCACCUACAGUUGUUCCUGGAGGAGACCAGGCCAUGGUCCAGAGGGCUGUGUGCAUGCUGAGCAACACAACAGCCAUUGCUGAAGCUUGGAGUCAUUUGGAUCACAAGUUUGACCUGAUGUAUGCUAAGCACGCAUUUGUUCACUGGUAUGUGAUGGAGGACAUGGAGGAAGAAGAGUUCUCUGAGGCCAGAGAGGAAAUGGCUACCCUAGAAAAGGACUAUGAGGAGGUUGGUGCAGAUUCUGGUGAUGCCUUUGGGGAGGAUGGAGAAGAAUAUUAA